ACCUUCUUUGUGCACAUUGCACGCAGGCACAAAAAUCUGUUCCAUUUCUGCUGCUCAUUUGCGUUAUUUUAUUAUAUUCAUUAACGUGGUUGACAGUGGAGUGACUGAUACCGGACAGUGAUUUGACAGCCAAGUUUCAUGUUUGCAUAGGAGCCACUUCCAUUCUACAGGGAAUCUUCUGUUGUUUAUUCUACAGGGAAUCUUCUACUGGAUUUGAAAGUAUCAAAAUGGCAGAACUUGUCCAUGAUACUCAAAAUCCUUUAAAUUGCCCAAUCUGUCUGAAUCUGCUUAAGGACCCAGUGACUACAUCUUGUGGGCACAGUUUCUGUAUUAUGUGUAUAAAGGGGAGCUGGGAUCGGGAUGCUUCUAUGAGACAAGCUUACAGCUGCCCUACAUGCAGGAGGACAUUCAACCAAAGACCAGAUCUCCGCAAAAACACUGUCCUGGCAGAAAUUGUAAAUGGAAUGAAGCAGGAAUCUCCAGAAGCUAGGCCUGGAGAUGUGAAGUGUGAUGUUUGUAAUGGAAGAAAACUCAAAGCUGACAAGUCUUGUUUAGUGUGUUUGGCUUCUUACUGCAAAACUCACAUUCAGCCUCAUUACAAGUCUGAAGCUUUCAAAACUCACAAGCUGUUUGUAUGGGGGAUCAACACAGUGGACAUAAAACAGUCUCAGCUGCAGCCGAAAUGGUUAAAAAACAGGAGGAACUGAAAAAACGAAAGAGGGAUUUCAGUCUGAAAAUCAAAUGCAUACGCAAGAAG